AUGGGAAGCUGGAAGAGUCACGUGCGCGCUGGACUGCAGCAGAGAGACCACAAAGAGAAAGUCCCCUUCGUUGGCGUUUUCACCAGCUUGUCUGAGCUGGAGGACAGAUUUGAAAUCCGCGCACAGAUCUUGGAGGAUGUUCAGUCUGACAGUUUCGAAGUAGGUGAAGUUGGGAAAAACACCAGACUCCUUCAACUCCAGCUGAGAGAGAGUGAAAACCUGUCAGGAAAGUUGUCUCAGACUGUCUCUGACCUGACCACCGUCCUGCAUCUGAAGGAGGCCGAGCUACAGCACUGGCAGUCACGCGUGUCCCAGUACCGUCAAGAGGCCCUUUCUCUGGCUAAAGGGAGCAACGCCCUGAAGGCAACCCUUUCAGAGCUGGAGUUCACCGUAGAGUGUCAAUCCAAAGAGUUAGCAGCCUUACGUCUGGAGCAGAAAGGACUGAAGGAAGCGUCGGGACAAGCUUGCAGGGAGAAGGAACGACUUCUGCAGCGAUGGAUGGAGGAGAAGAGGGAGGAGGCGGAGAGGCUGAAUAGGUUCAACGACACACAGGAAAGGUUUCAACAUCUGGCCAAGCGGCUGAAGAAGCACUUCCAGAGGAGAAUGAAAAAAGAGCGUGCUCCCAUAGCAGAAAAGUCUCCAUCAGCCAUCCACAGGAUCAAUAAUGUAACCGAUACUCACCAGGGACACUCGGGCUACAAGCAUGUCUCAGCUGCAGCUAAAGUCUGAUAAUCCCGCGGGAUCCUGGAGACAAAAGGCUUUCUUCUCUGUGGUCUCAUCUCUUCCUCAGUGCUUGUAGAUGAAGAAAUAAUUGCCCAUAUGUGAGCGGCAGAACAAUGACCAAGGAGCGACUCUUAGAGCAAAUACUAUCUGUAUCUCUUUUUUCAUUUAACGAAAAAUGUAUUUAAAAAAAUGUUUAAGUUAGAUUUAGUGCCAAAUUUUACAUUUAUUGCUAUAAUCUAAGUCAUCCUUUCUCAAGUGUUUUGUUUUAAAUUGAAUAACGUGGAACCUUUCUGAUGCUAACUUUUUACAUAUAUUUUAAAAUAACAUUUGAAUUGUACAUAGUUCUUAUUAAAAUGUAAAAAUCAAAGUUACACCCAGAUAAAUGUAAGCUAUUGUAAUUAAGUAUGUACGAUUUUGUUUUCCCUGCUUGUAAAAAAAUAAAGAAACUUUUAUUCCAA